CGUCUCCACACGCCGACGACACGAAGAGACGCGAGGAGCGCGAGGAAGACGUUUACGGUGAAGUGUUUGUGCCGCGGAGCUCGGUAAAGUUACGGCUUUGUGGAUACGACGAAUUCAACAGAGGAAAAACUCCGUCGCAUGAAGGUUUCUGACGGAGCGCUUCGUCGUUCACGAGUCUUCAAAGCACCAAAGAGACGAUGAAGAUCUGUUCGCCAACGUGAGUUCCUGAAAUGCCCAGCCGACCUGUUGUACCCCAUGCUUUUCCAAGACCUCCAGAAGCUGCAGAUCGGGUGUAACUGACAGAGCGUGUGACCUCUCUGAGCUGCCACCAUGGCCCUGGUUCAGGCUCUUCCUGUGUCUGCUGAGCACCACAGCCCAGGCGUCGUGGGAGGAGCACGCAGACGACACCGUUCUGGCCCUUCGCCACCCAUCACCCUACCCCCGCCCUCCGCUCUGGAUACGAUGGGCUCAGUCAGCAGCCUCAUCGCCGCCCGCCCCGGCCCCUAUCUGGACCACCGCUCUGGUGUUGAGCUGGGAGCCAGAGCCCGGCGGCCCACACCAGGAGCUCCCUGCCUGGGCUCAGAGUCCCCCCAGGACCCCCUGAUGCACAGCGUCCCACCACUGAAGAAACAGGGCUCCAGUGCAUCCAUCAGGGGGCUGGAGAAGGAAAGCGGGAAUGGGAACUAUACGUAUCUGAAAGAGGAGUACUUGGGGGACUGGAAUGACAACCACGUGACUCAUGCCAGCCCAGGAAGUGAUGCAGACGAGACUAAAGACGAAUCAGGGCUGAAUGGGAAUAUGGGGGCACCUCCACCCAAACUGAUCCCGGUGUCAGGAAAACUUGAAAAGAACAUGGAAAAAACAGUGCUGCGACCAACCGCCUUCAAACCUGUAAUCCCCAAGAGCCGCAACUCCAUGCAGUACCUGUCACCUCGCCACGGCGUCAGCGUGUCAGAAAACCAAAACAACUUGAAUCUGCUCAGCCCCACUCACACAGAGAUGUCGCCGUCCUGCUCGGAGAAGCGCAGCUCUUUCAGCGGAGCCCGGAACGGCGGCGGCGGCCAGUCCUGCUCCCUGUCCGACUCUGGACGCAACUCCCUGGCUAGCCUCCCUCCCUACGGCAACACCGGCUACAGCUUUGUGUCUGCGGAGGCCUCUGUUGGUCACCUGGAGCCCAUGAAGAGCGCUCCCGUCAGCGCCAACGCACACUCCAACUCCGACAGCGGGCGCUCCUCCUCCAGCAAGAGCACGGGCUCCGGCUCGAUCAGCGGCAGGGGGCAGCCCCUGUCCGACAGCGGGUCCGGCGGCCGCUCCCCUGGGCCGGUGGAGGGUUACGAAGGAGUGGUGAGAGACCUGGAGGACAAACUGAGGGAGAGAGAGCUGGAGCUGCAGCAACUCAAGGAAAACCUGGAUGAGAAUGAAGCUGCGAUUUGUCAGGUUUAUGAGGAGAAGCAGAAGCGCUUUGAGCUGGAGCUGGAAGAGCUGAGGCAGAGCUGCGCCACAAGGAUGCAGGUGGCAUCUCAGAAAGCCCAGCGGGCUCAGCAAGUGCUUCAGCUCCAGGUUUAUCAGCUCCAGCAGGAGAAGAAGAAGCUGCAGGAGGACUUUGCUCAGCUUCUGAAGGAGAGGGAGCAUCUGGAAGAGCGUUGUACCUCUUAUGAGCACGAGAAGAUCCAGCUGGGACCUCGACUGGAGGAAACCAAGUGGGAGGUCUGUCAGAAGUCGGGGGAAAUCUCGUUGCUGAAGCAGCAGCUGAAGGAGGUGCAGGGAGAGUUGUCUCAGCGCGUCGGCGAGAUCGUCUCACUGCGGGGUCAACUCCGAGAAGCCCGUGGGGAGCUGACAAACACCCAGGUCCUGCUGCAGGAGGCCCACGGCACCACUCGCACACGGACGCUGGAGCUGGAGGUGUGUGAAAACGAACUCCAGCGCCGCAAGAGCGAAGCGGAGCUGCUCAGAGAAAAGCUGGGACGUCUCGAGGGCGAGCUGGCGAAUCUCCGAGAUUCCUCGGCCAAUCAGGGCCCAGGAAACAGACAGUGCCAGGUGUUUCAGGAAGCCGAGGAGCACCUGCUGGCCUAUGAGAGCGACGAGGCCAAGGCCCAGCGGCAGAGCAGCACGGAGGCGCUGCAGAGCAUGAAGACGCAGAUGGACAGGAUGCGGGCGGAGCUGGUCUACGAGCGCCAGCGCUUCCAGCAGCAGGCGGAGAGCUUCGAGGAGGAGCGCAAGAUAUGGCACGAGGAGAAGGACAAGGUGAUCCGCUACCAGAAACAGCUGCAGCAGAACUACGUGCAGAUGUACCGCAGGAACCGGGAGCUGGAGCAGCUGCUGCAGGAGCUCAGUCAGGAGCUGGACAGCAGAGAGGAGGACGACGGCAGCGGCAACGAGAUCAACUUCGAUGAGAUCGCUGCAACGGAAAUCUAGCUUUGAUUUGCACUCCCACCCCCGUCACAGAACAAAUGUCAAACAUCAGCCUCGUUUAACGCCGCCUCAUUGGUCCCACUUUAAAGGCCAGUGACCGGCUAGUUCCCCCGCUGACGUCUGUGUCUGAAGCAAAGCUCUUCACAUUUAAGCGUCCGUGGGUGAUUUGUUGUGUGUGAGUAAGUUCACCUUUCACUCUUCGCCUCGUGUGUUGGUUAUGACUCUGCCUCCCUGCUGGCUCUAGCGCUACACUCCCACUCCAUUGGCCGUCAGCUCUCAUUAGUAGUUCCCAUUGAGCUGGAGCCCACGCUGCUGUCAGUGGACGUGGGACACCACGCAUUCAACGUGUCAGAAGUGUUUCACAGCGAGCGCUUGUCCGCCUCUCACUGAUCCUGUAUAUAGUUUAUACACUGAUGUAAGCUGCAUCAUCAAACGUUACAUUAAUAGUCUAUUCAGAAUAAACUACAUAGGGUUAACAUCUAUGUGAGCACACACCUGAUGUGUUUGAGGGAAACUAGAACGAACACCGUAACGUCCUGAGUGCAUCUCUGCUGCACAGACAGAUGGAGGCCUUUAAUAACAGUUCAACUAAACGCCUACUGUUUCAGUGCAUCAGUGGCUUUUACGCUUAGCUUAAUAAUGGCCCAUUCUGAAUGGAAAUUUUGGAUUUUCAGACAAGGUUUAAGUCUGAGUGAGCUGAAAUUAAACACCUGACAGAUAAACAGAAAGGCUCCACAGAACAGAAAUCAUGAUCCGACUCUUACCUUCAUGGUCUCAUUUGACUUGGCUCCUCAGCCUUGAACGUCGCACUGAUCCUGACGCAGUGAGGCCGAACUGGGGGUGCAGCGGUAUCGCUCCCACCCCAGUGCUUUAAACUCUGGCUCCAGGUACUUGAAGUUAACGUAUGUUCUAAAUGAAAGCAGUCUAGACAUGAGGCCAAAGCAAACCAACACAUGCGCUUGUAUCUGACUGCAGCGCGUGGGCGACGUGUUACUAAGACUAUUCUAACUGGCCCUGAAUGACACACGACUGUUCCUCCACCUUCCUUUAAAAGAGGACUUGUUUGAACACUUACGUCCCUGCACAGCAGAUCAAACGUUUGGUGCCCGUGUAAAUAAAUCACAUCCGUUUCCACAGAUUAAAGCCCAUUGAAGGAAAACAAACAGCCACUGUGAAUAGACCAAAGCGAUGUUGCACAUGUUAUAUUUUGCUCCUGCAGUGCAGACCAACGUCUGUAUAUACAUGUUUGUGUGGAUGUUUGUUCUGGCUCCUCAGUAUAAUUUUAUAACUCACAAUAUUUGUAUGAAGACAUUAAAUGUAUAUUUUCAUGCUGUACAUUUCUUGAACAAGCCUAUUAUGUUUUUAAUUAAAACAAAACCAAAUCCA